AUGUCGAAAACUAUUAAUAAGAAGAAAUUAUAUAGGCAUUCGACUACCUUUUAUAGAAAAUUAAAACAAUUAAAAUAUAACUCAGAAGGCCAAAAUAUUAUAAAAAAUUUAAAUGUUAUCUGUAAACCAUCUAACAUUAAGGAAAAAGAACAAUACUCAGAGGUGACAAAAACAAUAAUAGAUUUAGAUUAUAAUGAAUAUCAGAAUAACGAUUUUGCCUCAUCAGCAUAUGAGGAAAACGAAAACAACCUAGAUUAUCUGGAAGAACCUGAAGAAAAUUCCGAAACAUUUACACUGUGGCUAGAAUUAAAGAAGUGGGCUUUAAAGCAUAAAACUACCCAUAGUGCUCUUAAUGAUCUAUUGAGGCUUCUAAAAAAUAAAGGGUUACAAUUACCAUUAGAUAGCAGGACGUUACUGGACACUCCUUGUACAGUAUCUAUUGAACGUAUGGGUGAUGGCGAAUUUUGGUACAAUGGGAUAAAAAAUAACUUAAUGGCAUGCUUGCCCAAGGAAUCUCAAUUAAAAAGAAUGUCUUUAGUUUUUAAUGUAGAUGGCAUACCACCUUUUAAAAAUGCUCCACUACAAUUUUGGCCAAUUUUGUUUAGAGUCGAAGAAAUUCCUGAUUUAAAACCUAUGGCAGUGGCAAUCUAUUGUGGAGAAACAAAACCUCCUUUACAGACUUUUUUUAGCCAAUUUAUUGAAGAGUUAAAUGAACUUUUAACUAAUGGCAUUAUAUAUAAAAACCAACAAGUAGAAAUUCUAGUAAAAUAUUUUGUGUGUGACACGCCUGCCCGAAGUUAUAUAAAAGGUACUGUGGGUUUUAAUGCUACACGUGGAUGUAUAAAAUGUACAGUAACAGGCCAAUAUGAUAAAGGCGGAAGACAUAUGGCAUUUCCGAAAUCUGAUUGUCCUUUGAGAACAGAUCAAACUUUUCGUGGCCAAAUAGAUGAAGAUCACCAUAAAGAGACUUCUCCGUUGACAAAAUUACCGAUAGAUAUGAUAGAAGACGUUAUUGUAGCUGACUCUUUGCAUCUUUUUGAUUUGGGAGUCAUGAGGAAAUGUUUAUAUGGAUGGGUGUAUGGAAAUUACAAUUUUAAAACAAAGUUUUCCGGAAGAGAUAUUGAUCGAAUAUCAAAUGCUUUAAAAUAUUGUAACGAUUAUCGACCUAAUGAAAUUCAUAGAGCAAUAAGAACACUAAAAUGUCUAAAAUUUUGGAAAGGAUCCGAGUAUAGGACAUUCUUACUUUAUUUAGGACCGGUGAUUUUAAAAGAUUUUUUAAGCAAUGAUGUAUACCAUAAUUAUUUAUUGCUGUUUUGUGCGGUUACAAUAUUAUCAUGUAAAACUUAUUUAAAAUAUAUUAAUAUAGCAGAAAGACUUAUUUUGGAUUUUAUACAUCAGUUUGGAUUUAUAUACGGGUUUGAUGCCAUAAGUAGUAAUAUACAUAACUUAUGUCAUGUCGUAAGCGGUGUUAAAAAAUUUGGAUGUCUUUCAGAAAUAAGUGCGUAUGCAUUUGAAAACUGUUUGGGAAAUAUAAAAUCAUUGAUUCGCAGUGGAAGGCGACCAUUAGCUCAAAUAGCUAAAAGGGCCACUGAACUAAACAGUUUUAUGUCCAGUUUAGAAUUAAAUCAUAAUUUUAUUUCAUUUGUUAAAAAUGAAAAUACAAUGGAAACUCAUGUUUUAUAUGGAUGUUCCAAAGUGUUUAAUAAGAUAUACAUUGCAGAAAAAUUUAUGCUGUGUAACAACAAAAGAAAUAACUGUUUUUUAACAAAAAAAAACCAAAUAGUUAAAAUGAUAAAUGCUACUUAUUAUAAGGAUGUUAUUCACAUAUACGGACAACCGAUACAGGAAAAAAACGAUUUUUUUGAACUACCAAUAAAAUCGUCACAUUUAAACAUAUAUCAAUGUAAAUCGCAAAAUAAUUAUGGUAAACCUAGGCUAUAUCGUAUUUCUGACAUUAAAUGUAAACUUUUUUUUCUAAAAUAUAAAGAAAAUUUUGUAUUUUUUCCCCUCUUACAUACAUUAGACAUAAAUAUUUAG